GUUUUGCCCUAUUAAAAAAAGAGUGUUAUGGGCAAUCCAUCUGGACUUGAAUACGGAAAUAGAGCAGUGCUAGGGGCACUCGCCUCCUGCACUCUGCAGCCAACACAUGCCUUUCUAUUGGCUCACAUUCCUUGGAAUGAAGAUUCAGGGGACUGGAUUAAAAAGAAUGCUUCAGCUCUGCUUGCAAUUAAGAAUUCAUGUGGAGCAGAGACGUUUGAUCAGAUUAAGAAUAUGAAUUUAGCCAAAGAUGCUUGGAAUGCAUUGGCUGAUUUGCAUAAACCACCAAAUGUAGACGAGGGUAGAGGAAGUGGGACUGAUGCAGGUCUACGUAACGUUAAGCUGCCAUCUCCCUCUGAGGGUACGGAUAGUAGACAUAAAGUCUUUAGAACACAAGCAGCAUGGGUUAAAGUAAUAGAUGGAAUAUUGGAAGUCGUAUUUAUACCCCUUCGACCCUUUGGAGCUGAGAGACUGAAGUGCAUAUAUGAACUGAAGUUAACCCAUAUGUACGCCAAGUCAGUUUUGCAGUACUGGUGCAAGGAAAUAUCAACCUACAGGGAUGCCACACAACUUGUUGAAAGUGGAACAAUCUCCGCAAUCUUCCAAGCAAUCAAGAAUGGCACAGUCGAAAUUGUGAUUGAGAUCCUUCAAGCUAACCCAGAUACAAUUUGGUGCAAUAAAACGCUUUCAAGAGAUAUACUCAGCGCUUCAAUCAAAUAUCGUCAAGGAAGGAUUUUACGGUUUGUUUACAGGCUUGAUGCAGGGAACAAAGCAUUUCUCUCUUUAGGAGAUGAAGAUGGAAACAACAUGUUGCAUCUAGUAGCCAAGUUACCUGACCUUCGGCAUUAUAAUAAUCUCCGUCCAGCUUGGAUUAUGCAACAAGAAAUAAAGUGGUUCCAGGAGGUUAGUUGGCUCCUACCAAGCGGGUAUCAAGCAGCCAAAAAUCUUAAUGGUGAAACUCCAUUCCAAGUUUUCCGCAGAGAACACCAGAUAUUGACAAAAGAAGCGGAUGAAUGUGUUAAGAAAACUUUAGAUUCUUACAUUCUCGUACCCGUUUUAAUUGUCACCAUUAUGUUUGCGGCACUUCUCACGGUUCCUGGCGGGAACAAUCAAGAAAACGGCAUCCCCAUAUUAUUGCACAGAAAACUGUUUUCUGGGUUUCUAAUAUGUGAUGCGGUGUCUCUAUUUUUUGCAUCAACUUCAAUGCUGGCAUUUCUGGUUAUACUCACAUCAUCCCAUGAUGCAUUUUAUGUUCCCCGAUUUAUGCCCUUGAAUUGGAUGUUGGCUAUUUCCUCACUCAUAAUUUCAAUAAUAUCGAUGAUCCUGGCCUUCACUUUUGCUCUUACGAUUAUGUUGCAAAGGAAGUGGGUGGCAGCUACUCUAAUAUUCGUACUUCUAUUUCCCAUCUCCAUUUUGGUUAACUCGUCAUAUUUCAUCAUUGCUGAUGCUUAUAAAUGGACGUUUCGAUCAAUAAUCUUCCGAGAGAUGGUCGAUGGACGGCAUUUAUUGAAGCGUCUUCCUUGACGGUUUUUAUGGUGUCAAAUAAUUUGUAUUUUUUGUAAUUUUGUAAUGUCUGCGUUUAUGGUAUCAACCUUUUUUGUGAAAAUAUAUGGUGUUUCACUUUUUUAUUUUCCAGAUUUCGUCUAUUUCAAUUUUCAUUUUCAUUUGGUUUUUCAUUCUUUGUUUGGUUGUAAAGGAAAUGCAAGAAAUAUAAAAUAUGAAAAUUUGU